AAACCUACCUAACGCACAAUCUUGGCCUGUGCACCUUGCUUAGCUAGCACAUCCAUCGAUGCUACAGCGAAGCAUUGGGCCAGUCAUCGCAAGAAUACAUAUCCACAAUGGCGGAUACGAAUGAUUCGCCGCCCUCCUCCGACCUCAGCGACCCGCCUUCCAUCGACGUCGAGCACGACGAUGACCAACUCAGCCUCGCCAACCCCUCCUCCCGCCCCAGCGUCGACAUCUCCCAUCCUACCACCGAUCCUCUCCCUCCGCCUUCCAAACGCCGGAAAACCACCCAUGUCCAGCCGGAAGCAGAUGCCGCCGACCUGACCAUCCUCGACGACGAUGCCGUCUCCCUCUCCUCGGACAACUUUAGCUCCGGCCCUGGCUCCCCUUCUCACGACGAAUACGCCCUACACGCCGAAGCGCAGCUCCAAUGUCUCUGGCGCGACUGUCCUUUCGGCUACGCGGAAAACAAUGACGACCUCGUGCGGCACGUCCAGGCAACACACUGCGCGACUGGCGGACCGAAACGGACCAAGUACGUGUGCGAAUGGGACGAGUGUCAGCGUAAGACGAGCAACCACCCCAGCGGCUAUGCGUUGAAAGCGCACAUGCGCUCGCAUACAAAGGAGAAACCGUACUAUUGUGCUCUACCGGAAUGCGACAAAGCCUUCACGCGCUCGGAUGCGCUCGCGAAGCAUAUGCGGACUGUACAUGAGCCGGAGAUUCCGCGCAGUCUUGCAAGCAGCUCAAUGUUCGAGAGCAAUAGUAAUCCGAAGGGCAAGAACAUCAAGCUGAAGCUCACGAAUGGCGCUUCGAAACUCUCCGAUCCGGACUCAGCCCUCGACGACCUGCAUAUCUCGCCUCCAAGCGACAAUAUCACCUACAUCCCGGCUCACCAUCCUUUGACUGGGCAGCCGGGCUUCAUGAUCCACUACCCGCCCGAUAUCCAAUUCACGGGUUGGGAGAGCAGCAUCCCGGCCGACUCGCUCAUGCGACUCUUACGCCGGCAGAUCCACUGGGCGGAGCAGGAGGCGGUGGAGUUGGCGCGGGAGUGUGAGGUGCUUGAGCGGGUGCGGAAGGAAGAAUGGCAAUUGAAAGAGAUCCUCCUCGACGGGGUGAUGGAGGGGGAGUUGG